UAUUUGUACCUUCCGUCUGAAAGAAAUAAAAGAAAAUCAACUGCCUCAACUCUCCCCUUGCUGCUGGGGUAGAAUGGAAAAACUGUGCCAAACCAAAAUAUACACUCACUAUAACCACACAGAUUCCUGCAAGUUCUCCAGAUGGAACGCCAGGGAAAGCUUUCAAUUCAUGUAUGCACGCCCUUGGCACCAAGUCUCUGAUUUCUACUCUAAUCUUGUCAAUGGCCGCCUCUCCUUAUCUCACUUGUUUCAGUCCCAGAUUGAUUUUGGUGUUGAUGAUGCUAAUGUUCAAUAUGUUUGUAACAAACCCGAAUUGGAGAAAAAAGAUAAAUUUGGGAGGUGGGCAAGAUUAACAUUCAAGAUUGUUCUUUCAUACCAUGGUGGCUCAUUUGAUGGCUGGCAAAAACAACCCAAUUUGAACACUGUUCAAAGCUUAGUGGAAGCAUCGCUUGGGAGUUUUGUCGAUGAGAGGAAAGCUCAACAGCUUAAAGAAAGGUGUAAACCCCUGGAAGGUAGUGCCCUUGUAGCAGGGCGAACAGAUAAAGGUGUUUCGGCUCUUAAACAAGUUUGUUCUUUCUAUACUUGGAGAAUGGAUGUUAAACCUCAUGAGAUUGCUGAUGCAAUUAACAGUUCAGCACCUGGGAAACUUAGGGUUGUAUCUGUUUCUGAGGUUUCACGCGCGUUCCAUCCUAAUUUUUCUGCUAAAUGGAGGCGUUAUCUGUAUAUUUUUCCUAUUAAUGAUGGAGAAAUUAAAGAGCAAAUCCUUGGCAAUGAAGAUCUUGAAAAUUUUAGUUCUUAUCAGAAAUUUGAAGAGCAAAGAUAUGGAUCUGGUGAGCUAAUUAGUGAGGAGAUUACCGAUGAUUCAAUUCCUGAUGAUAUUAAUGAGCUUGAAGGUGUAAAGAAACCUCGGACAUUCAGUGUAUGCAGGGUGAACCAGCUUUUGCAACAACUAGAAGGAAAGUUAUUGUCCUACAAAAUAUUUGCACGAGACACCAAAGCCUCAAGAAAUGUAGGUCCGCCAACGGAAUGCUUCAUCUAUCAUGCUCGAGCCACAGAAGCCAGAUUACCAUGCCCUGACCAUGGGGAAGGAAGAAAAGUUAUGUGUGUUGAGCUGGUUGCUAAUCGUUUCCUACGCAAGAUGGUUCGAGUUCUUGUUGCAACUUCGAUAAGGGAAGCAGCUGCAGGUGGAGAAGAUGAUGCACUAUUAAAGCUGAUGGAUGCUACAUGCAGACGUGCCAGUGCUCCCCCAGCUCCUCCAGAUGGACUUUGUAUGGUUGACGUAGGAUAUACUGAAUUCGAUCCACAAAACUGUAUAAUUCCCCCAAGUUUACCGGGGUAGUAAUGCAGGAUUUCUUGCAAAUUUCUCCUUUUUUUCUCAUCUGUGAUUUACAAUUUAGUUAGUUCCCACCCUAGAAGCCUCUGAGCAGAAAUGAAUUGUAUUUGUAUUGUUGCCAAACAUAUGGAUUUGAUCUUUCA